CGCGCCCCGAGCGCAACCCCCGGAAGUGCGCGCCGGCGGCCGCGGCGAAGAAGAGAAGAGAGGGAGGGGCCACCUUGAUCCAGCUGAAGCCAUCUACGGGAAGCCUCCUCUGGAUGUCGCAUCGAUGCUGACCGUCCACCAGGGCAGCAUGGAGCCGGUGGUCGCUGAGCACGGGGACAUGGCUUUGCUCAGCAACAUCCUGGCGGCCUAUUCCUUUGUCUCAGAAAAUCCCGAGCGAGCAGCUCUGUACUUCGUCUCCGGCGUGUGCAUCGGGCUGGCCCUCACCCUGGCUGCCUUGGUGAUGAGGAUCUCUUGCCACACAGACUGCCGGCGGCGUCCCCGGAAGAAGUUCCUGCAGGACCAAGAAAGCAGCAGCAGCGACAGCAGCGACAGUGAGGAUGGCAGCUCGGACACGGCGUCUGACAUCUCGGUCAGGAGACACCGCCGCUUCGAGAGGACUUUGAACAAGAACGUCUUCACCUCGGCGGAGGAGCUGGAGCGCGCCCAGCGGCUGGAGGAGCGGGAGCGCAUCAUCAGGGAGAUCUGGAUGAACGGCCAGCCCGAGGUUCCAGGGACCAGGAGCCUGAACCGCUACUACUAGGGGCAGGAGCAGG